AAUGGGGAAAGUUGGCCCGAACAGUUGUCCAACAGCGACCCACGCGUUCACAACGGAAACUGCAGCCCGGGGGAUAGAUACCAGCAUUAAAAAGAUGGGCCAUCAGCAGCCAAAUAGCAUUCUGUCUGUGGCGGAUGCUCGAGUCGUCUUCUUGUCCGAUACUCUUGGUUUUCCUCCCCUACUUCCAUAAUAGAGCGACGCCGUGUCUAUUAUGCGUGGUUUCUUUCCUUGCUGCCCCCGAAUCGCAUCGUUUCGUUUCAUUUCGAGCUCAAAGGCAGUCAUAAUUAUUAAGUUCUGCCGGGCACGCUCCCAAAGUGACCUGAUGUUAAACAAACAUACAAAUCACAUUUGUGUCAUCUCUGCGGCAAAAUAAACAUAAACGAACCCGCGUCCAAAAGAGCGCCGGCUCCCCGAUGGAGCAGAAUAAAGGGCGGAGACUGGCGGAGACGCGUCGCGUGUGGGGGCCGAGCGCAGAGCGCGCGCAGCUGCAGACCGGCGAGCGCAACUUAGCGGGGAGGAAGCUCCGAGUGGCCGCACCUGCAGCCGCAGCUCACAGUGGCGCACUCGCCACAGCAGCCGUUUUGCCGACGUGCGUGCGCGCACCUCCAGAACUCAUUUGCUUCGCUUUUGAUUUUCAGUGCGGUGAUUUUUUGGGGGGACAAAAUAGAAGAUCAGCUGUGACUGAACCACUUCACAUUUAAGAGCUCGGGCAUGCAGAAAUGCUACAAGAGCGAGCGUGACACUCAAGUGGAAUUAAACAGUCUUAAACUUUUAAUCAUCUUUUCCGGUUUACCCUAGAAGGGACCGCUCUUUGAGAAUACAGAAUAAAACAAUAACAAAUUAGAGGAGAUUUACUUUGGAAAUUCGACAUAUGAAGAGAUAUGGACGGUGAUGAACUUUUGUUUUUGUUUUUCAAAUGCAACGUUAUCUGACGCGAUUCUAUGGUUAAGCUUAGAACACUUCGCCUGUAAUAUUGCAACAUUCUAUAAUAGCCGCUGUCUAAAAGAACGGACACCUCCAUGCCAGGGAAUGGGAAACAUGGUUCAGUAAAGGAGGGCACUUUUUGCUUUGGUAGCCUUUGACACGCAGGACAGAAGCGCGUGAAAGAAACGAAAGCGCUGAGCUGUGGCAGAUUCAGAUCCAGCGGAUACCUGUUUAAUUACAAUGAAAAACAAGGCACACUGCUCUUGGGGAACUUUUACCUUAUCCUGUCGACAUUUCGGCAUUGACAUUUGGAUUUAAUACUGUCCUUUUGGUAUCCGAUUUAUUUACAUUGUUUCCAGGAUUCGACUCUUCAUACUUGACUAUAUCCGCUAUGGGGAUAAAAUGGAAAGUUAUUCUAGGAAUAUUUCAUUUCAUCCUGGUCACCUUACUCCCUGCCUCCUUUGCUAAGCUGGCUCACUGGCAUUCAGAUGAAUCACACAAAACCAGGGAAGUGUUGAAAUGGAUGGAUGCCUAUAAGCGUACCUUCUGCCAGCCUCGGGAGGUUCUUGUUGAUGUCUCUACAGAGUUCCCAAACGAAGUGGAGUACCUAUUCCUUCCAGCUUGUGUUCCUCUCCAUCGGUGUGGGGGAUGCUGUUCGGAUGAAGCAAUGGAGUGUGUACCCCUGCAGUCCCACUCCCUCCUUGUAGAGCUCAUGAAAACCAACUAUGAAAAGAGAGAAAUGGUGGAACUGCCUUUUACAGAACACAGCGAGUGUGAGUGCAGGCCAAAAAAAGAAGCUCAUAUGAAACAACAAAGGGAUGAAAUGAUGGAAACAAGAAAAGAAAAAAAGAAAAGGAAAAAGAGCAAACCAAGUGCUUCUUUACAGUGCAGGCCAUGUUCAGAGAGACGGAAGGUUUUAAAUCCUGUGACAUGCAAGUGUUCAUGUCGACCCAUGCACCGUCGCUGCCGAGCUAAAGGACAAGUGCUCAAUGAGAAUACCUGCAGGUGUGAGCCAUUGCGUCGAUGAAUAAGCAAGGCUUUAGGCACAUGCAUACGUCAAAUGAAAUAAUGAAUUAAAAUCAACAAAGUAUCAUGAUGAAAAGUCUGCAGCGAAGCAACAGAAUCUUUCUGUGGGACAGCUAGGACAGCACUUUGCAACACCAUAGUACCCUGCUUUGAGGAUAAAAGGACCAAUGCUACUGAAUAACACAGAUAGGACACCCUAAAUACCACCUUGUUUUUAAUGUAGAAACCUGUAAACUGAAGAUUUGCUAGCUUCAUUUACAGCUUGUAUUUCUUCCGUAUAAUAUGACGGACUGCAAACAACAUCUGGCUGGUGUUGCUGAUUGGACUAUUUGGACACAAGAGCAAGAUUAGGCCAGAAAACAUAACCUUGGUCUCUGUUGAUCAUCCAUCCAUUUACAGUGUUAUACAUCUGGUGCUUGGGAGAUGGACCACCCUGUCAGAUUUUUCAUGGCUAUAAUGUAACUCUACCAUGGGCAAAGGAUUUGCAUUACUAAAACCUUGGCAGAUUCUACUAGUAGGUCUUAUGGCUAGCUGGGCAAGAUAUCUGCUCCUGAGGAAUAUAAUCAUAUAUUUCACUGAAGCUGGCUAAACUGUGGUCCUGUCCUCAUUAAAAGCCAUUUUGGUUUACUCUGCUAGGUCUAUGCAGAGCACUUGAGUAUGUUCAGGUUCCAACUUUCCCAAAGCUACUUUUACAAGAAGGAAGUAUUAAAGUGUGAGAAGACAGAAUGAAAUCAGCAUAACUGAUAGAAAAACAUUUUGGGUUAUCAAAAAACCGUGUAUAAACAGAUGAAUAGCCUUGUGCAAGCUGAUUUCUGACAUUACUGCAUGCGUUAGGCUCAAUGAUGUGGUAGCACCAAAAGCUUAUUGUUGUUAGAAAUAAAACAUGCUUCACUUGGAGAAGAAGGUUAGUGACAUGCUAGAAAGAAGCAAGCAAGCAAAUUUUUGAUUUGCUGAGUGGCAAAGCUGACAGGCAGACAAAGUAGCAGCUGCUGCCUAAAAGCCUAAUUAGAAAAGUCACAGACUUUCACAUUAUUGAAAAUCUCAGUUAUCCUAAGACUUUAGUGAAGUGUUUAUUAAUAUCUUGAAUAGGAAAAAAGGGGAUAAACUGCCUUGCUAAUUCUGUAGUAUUAUACUGUAAACUGCAGGACUGCUUCACGUUUAGCCUGUUAAAACCAUCUGUACAACUAUAUUAGUUUGCUGAAGUGUAUAUUCUAUUCUGUAAACAGUAAUUCCAGGGUUUUUAUUGUCUUUUAUUUAUACAGAGUGCAUGUAGAGUAUUGUGAAUAAUUUAAGUGUUUUUGACUUCCUGUAUCUUGUUAAGUAUCUGCUUUGGAAAAUGCAUAUUAAUAUAUUAUCUGUUUUAUUCAUUCAUGUGGUGUAUUAGACUGUCAGUACUUUGGUCAUAGGUAGCUCAUUCUUUAGUCAAUACUGUAUCUGAACACUGGCAGAGCUACUCAGAUUGCCAUUUUUUUUUCCAAAUGCAAGUGGUGUGCCUUUCUUUAAAGCCUUCUUUUUCCUCUAUGGCACACAGUAGGCUGCUUUGGGGAAAGGUUAGGGAUGAAGCAAGUUUGAUUGAAUCUCAAGAUGUUUUAUAAAAUCAGUUAUAGAAUAGAGAAACUAGUACUGUAUUUAUUUACAUAGUACUUAUUUACAUAAACCAGAGCAGUCUGAGAGUGGUUCAUCACCAAAUUAAAUGGCUUUCGAAUCUUGAAAUAUGUAUCCCUGGAGCCUUGCCCCUAGACAUUUUUCAAGUUUACAUCCAUUACACCUAUCUGUCCACCAAUCAAUUUUCUAAACCGUUUAUCCAAGGUAAUUGUAGGCCACUGCAUUGUGUGCACAGCAGGAACCAACUCUCUCACACUCACACACACACACACACACACACCCACACCCAAAUUACUCAGAGAAAAAUACAAACAAACAUGGGGAAAACAUGCAAACUCCACACAGGCAGUACCAAGGCCAAAAUAUUAAUUGCAGGGUGAGGAGCCAUUAGGAAACAACACCAACCACUGUGCCAUAAUACCAUCAUGUUGCCAGCAAUCACUGCAUUAGCAGGAAAUGGUGGCAAGUUACCUCUUCUGGAAUGGAACACAAUCCACACUAGUGAACAUUCCUCUGUAAACCAAAGAACCUCAGGCUUACUAAAAAAAAAUUGGUUACAAGAGACAAAAGGUGUCUGCCUCACGGCUUUCAUCCUAUAAUGUUUUUCUCUGACAACACUGGUAAAAAUCAUUUUCAUAGGAUACAUAUAGUCCUAUGCAGUGUACCAUUGAUUUUAUAGGGGGCACCAGUAUGAAAACAGGCAUCUUAUGAGGCACUUCAAGAUAGCAUUCCUGGAAUCCACAGCACUCUACCCUUGAAGACUUAUUUUUACAGCCCAGCCUAUUUUAAUCAUGCUAAGUGAGCAUUUUGAUAAUAAAAACAAUAGGUUAAUAAAGUGUUACUACUUUCCGAGCAGCAUAAAUACUGUAAGAGAGUUGAGCAAUCCUGUUGCACAUUAAUAUUAUAGUGAUUUUGCCACCGUACACAGAUAAACAGUAACAGGAACUUCCUGCCCAAAAGAGACAUUCCUUUAGCUCCGUAUUCUAGGUCAUUCACUUUUUAGCCAAAAAGGCCAUGAAUGUUUACCCAGAUUGAAAGUACAAUAUUUUGAAAACUACUGUACUUACACAAUAUAAAAAGAUAUUUUGGCAUGUACUCAAAAUGUAAUUAAAGAUGAUUAAACGUGUCCCUAUUUAUAUAUAUUUCUUCAUGUCAGAGCUAUAUUGAGUAAACUGCUUUGUAGCAAUGGAGUUGAAUUUGUAGAGACUUGAUGUGCAAAUUAAGGCACUGCCUUUAGAAAGACCAGAAUUAUGAGAAGUAAAUUAAAGAGGGGACCAAGAACAAAGUAAAUAGGAAUUCCAUAAAUGUGAGGCCAUAAAUGUCAGGUAGAUACUUCAAGAAUACUCAUACCCAUCUUUAAGUUAGCAACAAGAAUGUUAGAUUAGAAAAUAAGAAAAUUCCAAGUGAGAUAAAAACCCAGAAAAAAAAAAUCUUGAACAAAACAUUUCAAGCUCUUUUGAAAUAUUAACCUAGCCUCUCAGUGAUAAUAAUGUGGGAUCACUGUUUAACUUCAAGCUAAGACAUAAUGUGAUUGCUAACCCACUUGCUGAGCGAGUGUAGCAGUCAGAUUCAUCCAAUUCCCAAAACUGUUUUUUUUCCAUGAUGGGGUCUUUGGGGCCUGAAGUGUAUCUUAGCAGCAUUUGAACCAAUCCUGAAUGGUUAUUUGCAGCACAUACUGAUUUGUACAAAAAGCCAACUUGAUUUGCUAAUUAAUCUGAUGUGCACUCUUUUUGUAGAAAAAUGCAAACAGACAUUUACAGAAAGUGCAAAUUUCAUGUAGACAGUGGCCAAUCGAAGAAACCAACUCAGGUCCCUAGAGCUAUAAGGUAGCAGUGCCAAAUGAUGCACCAUCAUGCUGUCUAGAAACAGUUCUAGUUUUUAUUAUUCUAAAUGACUGUGUUGGGAUAGUCUUGGAAGUGUAACCUGGAGUCAGGGUUUUGACAGUAAAGGUGUUGCUACUGUAUGGGAGGAUUUCACUGUUAUAUGUAAAGCCUGUAGUUUCAAUGUAAACACCACAUUGACAAGUAUUCAUUGCUGCUAUUAUUGUGUAUGUCUUUGUUUGUAAAGCUGUAUAUCUUGUGUAUAUAUAACCUGAAAAUAAGGAAAAUGUGCUAUUAAAAGAAAAUAAGUAUUUUUAAA